AUGGCGCUUGUGAGGCAUGGAAGAAACGAGAAAUAUUUUUUGGGCUUCCCAACUGCAUCUAGGCUUCUUUCUUUGAGUUGGGCUCCUAAUGAUUCUAAUCCCGAUGUUGAUCCGACACAACUUACCGGUGAUAGUCACAACACCAAGAGCUUUCAAGGGAGGCAGACAUGUAUAUAUAGUGGAGUAGGCUUUUAA